AUGAGGACUUUUCUCAUGCUCACUCUCUUGAGUAUGCCAGAAGUCACUCGGGGAAAGAAUUCUGAUGAAAAGUCGGUACGACCACAUGAUUUUGUCAUUCCUUACAUGGUCUACCUGCAGUCUAAUCAAGAGCCUUGUGUGGGGUGCCUCAUUGACCCCCAGUGGGUAUUGACUGCUGCUCACUGCCCCUUACCUACUCAAAUCCGACUGGGAGUUUAUCAACCCAGCACCAAGCAUAAGAAAGAACAGACACUGAAUUACACAUUGGCUCUACCCCACCCUGAGUUUGAUGCACAAUCCCUGAAAAAUGACCUGAUGCUGAUAAAACUUUCCAAGGCUGCCACUCUGAAUAGCUACGUGGGAACCAUAGCUAUAGCUAUGGAACCCAUGGCAAUGAAUGAUUCCUGCUUUAUCCCAACCUGGACCUGGAAUGAUUACAAAGAUUUCAGUGACCCUGACAGCCUGACGUGGAUAAACCAAUAUUCUCUUUCCUAUAAUGACUGCUGGAAUAUGCUCCAACAGGAAAAAGGACCAACCAUGAACAUCAUGUGCAUAGGACACUCUCUGAACAUCAAGUAUAUAAUUAAGGAAGUCUCUGCUGCUCCAGCUAUCUGUGAUGGAAGGGUGUAUGGAAUCUUAUCCUGGUCAAAAGCAGGUGUCACCAUGGGAAAUGAAGGGUUCUUUACAGAGGUUUAUCCCUAUGCAAGGUGGAUCUUGCAAAUGAUAAAAUCCCACUGA